AUGCUCUGCAAUCGCAACGCCGAUGUCCUGAUAGCUAAGACGGCUGUGGUAUCUGCCAAGGAGAAAACUAACAUACUCGUCGGCGACGACACUCACUUGCUAGUGUUGCUACUGUACUUCACCCCUUCAAGUAGCUAUAAUAUACUCUUCAGACCAGAGCCUAAGACGAAUUCUACGAAGCGGCGUUCUUGGAACAUCAAGAAGGUACAGGCCCCGAUAGGCAUGGACGUCUGCAAGAAUAUCUGGUUCAUCCACGCUAUACUCGGCUGCGAUACUACUUCUCGCUAUUAUGGUUUCGGGAAAUGGGCUUCUCUCAAGAUGUUUCUGAAGUCGCCACAYUUUCGCGAGCAAGCAAAGAUCUUUCACUCAUCAACUUCAACAAAAGAGGAGAUUACAACAGCUGGUCAUGACGCGUUGGUAUGCCUUUACAAUGGAAAGCCUGGCGAGAAGCUUGAUUACCUGAGAUAUAACAUAUACUGUGCAAAGUUGACAAAUACAUCUGAUUCUGCUUACCACUCUUUUGAAUGCUACGCGCUGAUCGAGACAACAGUCGCAACAGGGAAAUAUGUCAAUACACUGCCGCCAAACAGAGAAUGUAAAGGACUCUAUGUUUUGAAAGUACCAAGUAAUGAUCCUGGUGAAGUUUGUAGUAAAGUAUUAUCAAAGCUGAAAAAAGACCUAAGAUGGAGCAACGUUUACCUUGCAUGUGAACGUAGUGUAAGUGAGGCUUCAACAAGUUCGAUACCUGUUCUGGUUUUCUGUUUGUUGACGUCGCGAAUUGGAGAAGACAUUGACGAUGCAUUGACAGAAAUCGAUCGAGGUUGCAAUGUCAUGCUCAUGGUUAUUCAUUUCAAGCGUAAAUUUCAACUUGACUUCGAUAAUAUAUCAAGGGAGGAAAAUCUUCUUGAGGAUGACUAUCAUGUUGAUCUAAGGAAAAGAAACAGAAUCACUCAUUUUGCUUUUGAUGAAAGGGAUGGAGGGCUCUACGAACACGAACAAAMCUCCCAAGGGACGACAAAACUCGUGGACUUUUUCAAAAGCUAAACCAAACCCAAUCAUUCAGUCAUCAUCUGUAAUCGCUUUAAAAAGGCCUUAGCUAAUUUGAUAUUUAUUUCAUUUUUAAAUAAAAUAAGUAUAUGUAGUGUUGUGUAUAACUAUCACCAAAUCAAAGAGGAAAUAAAAGAACUUGUAUAUGCUUUCUUGUUUGAAUCGAUACUGUGUUAGGAUUAUUGUUAAAAGCAAAGAAUAAAAAAGAAGCAAACAUGA